UUGAGUGAGUAGCGUUGGAGAAUCCGAAGGGGCAAGCAAAGUAUCGUUUCAUUGUUCUGUUCGUUCGUGACUUGAACACGCAAAACCUCAUUCGUUAUUCUCGUCUUGUGUUUCUGCACUCUCUCUCUCUCUCUCUCUCUUUCUGUCACACCACAUUGCUUCACACUCCAGCAGCAGCAGCAGCAGCCGCCAUGGCUUCACCCAAUUUGGAAGAUGUUGCCUCCGUCGAUCUCAUGACCGAACUCCUCCGUCGCAUGAAGUGCGCCCCCAAGCCUGACAAGCGUGUCAUUCUCAUUGGUCCACCUGGAUCAGGAAAAGGAACCCAGUCACCAAUUAUAAAGGAUGAGUACUGCUUGUGUCACUUAGCAACUGGUGAUAUGUUAAGAGCUGCUGUGGCAGCUAAAACCCCUCUUGGUGUUAAGGCUAAAGAAGCUAUGGAUCAGGGACAACUUGUUUCUGACGACUUAGUUGUUGGCAUUAUAGAUGAAGCAAUGAAAAAACCAUCAUGUCAGAAAGGUUUCAUUCUUGAUGGUUUUCCAAGAACUGUGGUCCAAGCGCAGAAGCUUGAUGAGAUGCUUGAAAAGCAGGGAGUUAAAGUUGACAAGGUUCUCAAUUUUGCUAUUGAUGAUGCAAUCCUCGAGGAGCGGAUUACUGGCCGCUGGAUACACCCACCCAGUGGCAGAAGCUACCAUACAAAAUUUGCACCUCCCAAGUUUCCUGGGGUUGAUGAUGUUACUGGUGAACCUCUUAUUCAGCGCAAGGAUGACACUGCAGCCGUUCUUAAGUCACGACUGGAGGCAUUCCACAAGCAAACUGAACCGGUUAUUGAUUACUAUUCAAAGAAGCACAUUGUUGCUAAUCUUCAUGCUGAGAAACCUCCCAAAGAGGUGACAGCUGAAGUGGAGAAGGUGCUGUCUUCGUAGAAUUCUUCUUGGCCCUGCCCGUCCAGAUUGAACUGCAAGUCUGCGACAAUUGUUUUGCCAUUUAAAACCUAGUUUGCUGGCAUGUAUUUUAAUGUAUACACUGAGUUCUGCUAAUCUUCUAAGUUUUAAUUUUUUGCUCAGAAAUGGAAAUGCCGGGGCAUUUGAAGAGUUACAUUGAUAGAAUAAAAUUUCAAUGGAAUGUAGAUGUUACUUUUGGAUUGUA